AUGCUCAAGGGGCAGAAGAUGAAGAACCUUACAGACAGUGAGUGCAACAGCAUGGUUCAACACCUGCUAUUGCGUUGCACCAAAGCCGGCAAGAUACCCAUGGGAGCGGCGGACGAAGUGGCUCAGUUGUUCGACUGCACACCAUCAACCGUUCGCCGUAUAUGGCGUCGUGCGUCCGUGAACCUCUCAGGAAUCAAGACCAUCUGUCGCAACGUCAGCCAGCGCAAGAAGAGGACAUGUGGACGAAAGCGCCUACACAAGGACCUGCCGAAGCGCAUCCAAGCCAUACCGCAGUCAAGGCGCUACUGUUUUCGCUCGUUAGCCCAUGCCCUGGGCAUGCCAAAGUCGACCCUGCACGACUACUUCAAGCGAGGCGUCUUUGCAAAGUACUCUAGUGUCCUCAAGCCUGCACUAACGGAGUCCAACAAGGUGUGCCGCUUGAAGUGGGCACUCGAUCAUAUUUGCGACCGCGACGGCGCCAAGUACUUUGACGACAUGUACGACACCGUCCACGUAGACGAAAAGUGGUUUUUCAUGCCUCGGGUCCAUAAUAAGGUCUACGGAGCCAUUGGAGAGAAGAUCAAGCAGCUGGCUUGCAAGUCCAAGCAUCACCUUCUCAAGGUCAUGUUCUUGACGGCUGUUGCCCGCCCACGUUGGGACGAGACGUCUGGGGAGUGGUUUGACGGCAAGUUGGGGACGUGGCACUUUUACCGAAAUCGUCCCAGCCCAACGCCGGAGCAGUCGGCGUGA